UCCGAUCUCGUUCAAUAUGAGCUAUAUUGAUAAUUAUAUAAAUAUUCAAUGCGGAUAUUGAACAGAAAGUUUAAUAAUCCUAGUUAAGCUUAAGAUAUGUUGAUAUUUUUUUGAUUCUAUUUUUAUUAUUCAAACUUUUAGUUUUAUUGUUUCAUCUCUAAGACAUUAUAAAUAAAAAAGUGAUUAACAAACACAAAUUUUAUUACACGUCUAAUUAACAUUGAACUCAUGAUUUGACUAGACUUGAUGAUUACUCCGUUUGUCCCACACUCUUGCUCAACUUACCUCACCUAUGAGGUACGUUGGACAAUCUUGACUUAAUGCAUUUAAAAAUUUUACAAAGAGAUAUAUCAGUAAUCAAUAGAUUUUUUCAUACAUUUUGAUGUUUUCAAAAAAAUAUUUUUCCCCGAAAAUGUACUAUUUAUUUUCUAUUCUAAAAUGAAAUGUAUCAUGUUACAACUAUUAAUAUAAGCUGAUUCACAAAUUUAAUUAUUUUAUUGGAUAUAUCGCGGAUAUUGUGAUCCAAUGUUUUUUCUUUAUAGAUAAAUUUACGAACAACAUUACUUUAGGUUUUAAUACAUUCCUCUGCUAAUCCAGUAUUUUAGAUAAGGAUAACAAGUAUUAAAUCCGGUGUUAAUUCGAGAAAUAAUUCAUAGUGUUUUUGUAUUCGUUUGGAAAAAGUGAUUGUAUUCACUUCGUGAUGAGUACAUAUGAAAAGAGUGAACAUUUAAUAAUCAUAUCUACAUUAGCUUUCAUGGGAAUUAUUACAGUUUCACAAAUUUUUUUAGUAUGUUAUUCCAGAUUUACGUAUACGAAUUUCAGAAAAUUUAUUGUUGCAAAAGGUAGAUUGUUACAAUUGGUACCAGUAGUAACUCUUUCAACUGUAACAUCAACUGUAGUGGAUAAUGUGCCUUAUGUUUUAUCAAGAGAAUGUCAACCAACAGCUCCGCCACCCACUCAAUAUACAGAUCCAGAUAUAUCAAGAACAUAUGGGAACAAAGAAAUGCCACCAAGGUAUGCUGCCUAAACUUGAUUGACUAAAUAAAUAGUGUAGCACAAGCAGAAGAAAAAUAUGUUAUUAUAUAUAAUUGCAUCAUUAUUUGGAAAUAAUUUCGAGUAUUUCAACAUCUUCAUACAAAUAGAAAAUUAUUUUUAAAUAAAGAUAAGAAAACUAAAUUUUUAUCUCAUGAAAUAUAAUAUUACUUAGUUGUAUAAUAAAUACAUUAUUUGUAUUAGCUCAAAUAAAUAAUCAAAAACACAAA